AUGAUUCUUCUCUUCCUGAUUCCCCUAGUUUUUUCCGCUAAUUUGGGCUACUUCGAAGAUUAUCCAACAAUCCAUAAUUGUUUAUACGAUGCUCCAAAACAAUCGCAUUCCUAUUUAUAUCCUCUCCCAUAUGAACAAUUAGAAUAUGGUAAACAAAUGAUAACAGAUUGUAUCGCAAAUAUCACAAGUUCCCAAAAAUCAUUAGAAGAUGUUCAAGAUGCGCUAACUUCAGCAAUCUUGGAAGCAUAUGAGUUCAAACAAGUCGAUCAAUAUAUUUGUGAGAACAUGAUCAAGAAGCAUGAAAUUACGGAAUGUUAUAAAUCAAGCGGUUUGAAAAGCGGUGAUGAUUAUUGUAAUGAUCAAUGGGGAAAGGAUGGAUGUUUGAUUGAGAUCUUCCGUGAGAUCUGUGGAGAGGAAUAUCUUCAGAAGAUGAGGAAUCUAAAUUCAUUCGCUUCAAAAAAAUAUGAUGACUGUGUUCAAAAAUAUUUCAAAAACUUGGAAUAA